UAACUCAAGGAAGCGACUCCAUUCGAGGCUUGUUAUUAUUCUGAGGUAACUGACAACCAGAAAGCUAGUUGUCUGUUUUAACUUAUUCAUCAGAAUGUCUUCAGACUUUGAAACCUACGAGCAGGACUUUGGAACCAUUACAGCAGAAAUAACUAAUAAAAUUGGAAAAAUCCCUAAACUAAGUGGAGAGGAGAAGACACAGCUGGUUCUAAAUGUCGACAAACAGCUUGAAGAAGUCAGAGAGCUGCUCGAGCAGAUGGACCUGGAGGUGCGAGAGAUCCCCGUCCAGAGCCGAGCCAUGUACAACAGCAGGCUGAAGAGCUACAAGCAGGAGAUGGAGAAGCUCGAGAAAGACUUUAAAAGGUCGCGCAUCGCCUACAGUGAUGAGGUGCGCAACGAGCUUCUGGGAGAUGACGCCAUCUCCUCCGAGAGCCAGUUGAUAAAGUUACGUGAAGAGAGAGCACAUCUGUUGGACAACACAGAGAAGCUGGAAAGGUCAUCCCGGAGACUGGAGGCCGGCUACCAGAUAGCAGUAGAGACUGAACAAGUGGGACAGGAGAUUCUCUCCAACCUGCACACCGACCGUGAGAAGAUACAGAGAGCCAGGGAAAGGCUGAGAGAAACGGACGCAAACCUGGGCAAGAGUUCUCGCAUCCUCACCGGCAUGCUGAGAAGGAUCAUCCAGAAUCGUAUCCUGAUCUUCGUCCUUGGAGCUGUCAUCCUCCUCACCAUCAUCUUGGCCAUCUAUUUAAAUCAGAGAGGCCACUGAUCUUUACUGUUUACACACACACACACACACACAUACUCCUCCCCCCCUCCUGUCCUCUCUCUCGAAACAAAUAGAAACACACACACGCGUGAUUAAUAGCGACAAAAGCGUUGUUCUGCUGUAAUUAGGACAAAUGGUCCCCAUGAAUCACUGUUCUCCAAACCUGACAGGGAGCUUUUUUUUUUUACCCAGCUUUUACCUUUCUUCUUCUGUUCUCUCCGUUUGCU